AGGAGGAUUUCAGGGGUCUCCGGACCCCAGGGUCACCGGCGUGCCCUGGGCCGGGCCCGGCGCCGCUUCGGGGGCCGACGGGGACGGGGACGGGGGGCUGGGGGGGCCCGAGCUCGACGCCUUCCUGCACCCCGAGGACUUCGAGCACAUGCAGGACAUCGUGGUGCAGGAGACGAUGGAGGAUUUGGAUCGGGACGGGGAUGGAUUCAUCCAGCUCGAGGAGUACAUCGCCGACCUGUUUGAGGGUCCCCCCGGGGGUCCCGAGCCCCCCGAGGUGCAGAGGGAGCGGGAGCAGUUCCUGGGGCAGCGGGACCGGGACGGGGACGGCCGAUUGGGACCCCACGAGGUCAAACUUUGGCUCCGACCCCCCAGCCCCGACUGGGCGGGGGUCGAGGCCGCCCAUCUGCUGCACCACGCUGACCAGGACGGGGUGAGGGGCGUUUGGGGGGACUGGGCAGCUGACGCGGAGGAGAUUUUGGGGCAGUUCGAGCUCUUCGUGGGCAGCAAAGCCACGGAUUUUGGGCAGGACCUGCACAGACCCCACGAUGAACUCUGAGAAAACUCCCCCGGGACCCCCCAAA